UGGCACCGGAUGUCUCGAGGGUUCCAAACCCAAGGCGGCGCACUAAUGUAAGCGGCUCGGGUCCGGGUCAGUGCGCGUCAUAGUGGCAGACGGUGCACAAGCGCGCUCGUGUUCCUCCUCCUCCUCCGGAUUUUUCCACGGCGACGACGACAGGACCAUGUCGGUGAACGACGUGUACGUGCUGCGGCCCUUCAAGUUAAUCGCCCUGCUGUGCGUCUUCCUGGCGCUGUGCUUGGACCUGGUGGCCCUGCUCAGUCCGGCCUGGGUGACGGCCGACCACUUCUCCCUGUCCCUCUGGGAGUCGUGCUCCCAGCCGGGCGACGAGGCUUCGUGGAACUGCUUCUCCACUCUCACUUCUGAUUGGCAGAUCGCCACCCUGGUGCUGCUCGUUGGCGGUGCCGUGGCCACCCUGGUGGCCUUUUUAGUGGGCCUCAUUUCCCUGUGUCGUGGGACGCAGAGGAAACAUUACCGCACAGUGGCCGUGUUCCUCUUUACUGCAGUUGUGCUACAGGCCUGCGCUCUGGUCUUGUACCCGAUCAAGUUCAUCGACGGGACGGUACUGCAGACGUAUCACGAGUUCAACUGGGGCUACGGCCUCGGCUGGGGAGCCACCAUCUUCAUGCUGGGCGGCGGAGUCCUCUUCUGCCUGCGGACGGACAUAUACGAGGAUGCCAUGUACUGACACCGUACGAACGCAAACACCAUGUGUGUGGAACCACGGACCUAAAAUCUCUUGGUUAUUUUUAGUCGGGUCAGAAGGGGCUAAAGUAGCACAGAUCUGUUUGAAUAGAACCCCUCACCACCCCCCGCCCUUGGUCACAUUUAAUGUCCCUCAGCCUGGCCGGUAUCGGGGUGAAGCAUCGACAUCUCUGAUGAGCACCAGUUGCUGGACAUUUCUAUUGCAUGGUGACCGUGAUGUCUGUUGUUGGACAAAAUGGAAAAUACGGUUGAGUGAACAUUUUAAGGCACAAGUCCUUCACCUUUUAGUUUGGCCUGUUCUUUUUUUUUUUUUUUUUGCAGCAUUUGACAAAAAGGAGUUGUUUUCAAUGCAUUCUGCCUGAAACAUAUCAUAGAUUUUCUUCUCAUAUCAAAAGACUCAGCUUUCAUAUAUGCUGGAGCUACUGUAUUUAUAGUUUGUUUGCAAACUCACUUUGUUUUGUCACCAAUGAAAAUGUAAAUGUGUAAAAACUGUACAUGAUACUUUCCUGAAUAAAAAGUGUACUUCUUGGGA